AGUGGUUUAUUUUAUUGACUUUGGUAAUUUUAACAUCAAAUCUAUUUGUUGAAUGUUUUCACGUAUUAUUUGCUAUAAAGAAACAGAUAAAGGAAUUUGAGGACUUCUUGAAUAGUACAGUGGUAGAUAGUGUAGACUACAAUAUAAACAAAUCAUUUAAAAGACGUGCUGAAAAAAAUAUGACAAACAAUGCACUUCAAUGUAUAGUUAAAAUUGGCACGAAAAUUGGAAAAUACAAUAUUACACAAAUUAUUGACAACAUGGACGAUGCAAUGAAGGAUAAAUUAAGAUUCGGCGACUUAAAACUCUACAUACAGUAUAUAGAAAAACAAUACAAUGUACUUCAAGAAAGAAUUGAGGGAUAUGAAAACCAAAGAUGUACAAUAAUAGAAUUCUGCGAAAAGUUUUUGAAAAACAAUACUUUGAUACAGUAUAUGAUGAAUAUCCAAAACAUUUUAACUUCGAAAAAUAAUAACCUUUUUUCUUCUACACUGAAUUUGUUUAAAAAUACAGACAAAGAUUAUAUAAUGAGAUUAUUUCUUGUCCCACCAGAAGAGGUUUACUUGGAACUAUUCUACGAUUGUUUUAUGGCACAAAUGAAAGGGUUUGUUGUAAUGGAAUUUUCCUAUUAUUAUUUAAGAUUAUAUGGCAAAGGAAGUUUUCAAAAUGAAAUUAAUCAAUUAAGAAAACAAAACAAGAAAUGGUAUAAAGAAUUUUCAGAGGUAUUUCUAAGAUUUACACAAGAAUUUGGUCAUUACCAAAUAUGGAAUGCUACAAUAUCAAACUGGGAAAAACAAAGUCAAACAUAUGAUGCUAUCACUAGGUUAUUACAAGGUUUCAUACAAAAUGAAGAAGCGUUACAUGACGACAAGUCUUGUUGGAAAACAUGUGAAUCCUUUACAAAAGUGACGUUCCGAUCAUAUAAGGGUACAAAGUGUGAUAGAAAAGGAUGUAAAGGCGAAAUAUAUGAUUGUAAAUUCGUAUCAGACGUAUUAAAAAUAUGUCCAUCAAAUUUUAAUUCUUUAAGAAGAUAUGAAACAAUAAAUGAAAUGGGAAGAAAUUCAUUAUGUCCCAGUAAUCCGUGCUCAAUAAACAACUACUGGAGUUUCUUAGUAAAAUGUGAUUAUUGCUUUUGUAUAUGCGACGGAGCAGAUGAAUUUUCUGAUAGAUACAUAAGUCUUGAUCCAGUGUUUUCUGAUACUACAGUCAAUAAGGUAGUAACCGGAAUUCGUUUGGUUAAGAAAAACCGUAUAUUUUUUUUGAAAAUUCAAGAGGGAAUAUUAGGUCCUUAUGGUGUCAUUUCCAACAGAAAUUGGGUUCCUGUAAUGUAUUUUAAAAUAAAUCAAAGAAAUAUUUUGAAAGAUGUUAAUUAUACCACACUGACUUAUGAUAAUAGAUCUCUACAUUUAAACACAAUUAUAUUAAAGGAUAAUUUAACAGUUACUGGGGUCAAGUUUGUACUCCGGGAUGGCCAAAUACAAUUAAAUGUGCUGGGUACAAAAUACGAUGUAAGGAAUGGCACACUAAUAAAUAACAAUGGACAAUGGUUCAGUUCUGACAAAUCUAAAGAAGAACUUAUUCUGCAAUCACCUGAUGUACCAAUCCAUGACAUUUUCACAUUCGGUAAUAACAAAUCCUUAUUACGUUUAAGAACCGAUAAUGGAAACAAUUUUAUUAAAUUUACUCACACUGAUAUUGAAAAAGAUCUUGCCCAAACAACCAUCCCUUACAUAGAUAUUAGAGAAGUAACGUCUACUAAUGGACUUCUUCAAGGCGUAGGAUUGAUGCACAAAGGAAACAAAGGAUUUGGAGGGUUUAUAGCACCACUACUUAUAAACACUAGUCCAUAUAAAAUGGUUCAGCAAUAUUUUAGAGAUUUUGAGGAAGAAUAGAGUCUAAUCGCACUAUUAGUGUUUUUCUAAGUGAAUUUGCAUCAUAUUCAGAGGAGGCAAAAUAUAUUGCAGACAUGUUACUAUAAAAAUACUAUGUGGACUUAUGAAAUAAAUUACUUUUAGAUAUUA